CUUUAAAAAAUGCUGAAUCUGGAAAAUGUAGCGGCAUUCUUUCUGUUCUUCUUGGAGUGCUACCAUAUCUGUGGUCAUCUAAACAUCCUGUUCCGGAUCCGACUACUUCCCCGGAAGGAUCUGGUCCGGAUCCGCCUCUACUUCCUGUUUGACUUGUUGACGGUGUUUUCCUCUUCCUUUCUGUUCUUACAGAGGCUUCAGUGGUUGGCGCUGUUACAAAUAGUGCAACAUCUGUAUUACGUCCUUUACUGGGAGAAGACAGGCCCCGCCAAAAAAAUUGUUAGCUGGAGUUCCCUGGACUGGACAGCUAGUCAGUUUAAGGAGGAGUGGCAUUUUGACUCCAUCCUGGGGACUGCUUUUGACGUCGGUGUUCAUUGCACCAUGGCUUUCUUUCUCGGCCAAUACCUGUCCACGGUACAAAUCUUCGUCUGUCUGUUUUUGGUACAGUGUUCCCUAUUGGCUGUUUUAUGUGGACCCUGGUUUGCCUGGAGCUGCCCAUGGGCGGCCCCGAAAUGGGUCCAAAAAAGGAUCCGCCCCCUCAGCGAGGAGGAAUGUCGCUUAGGUCUCGGAAAACAAUCUUAACGAUCCUCCAUGUUAUAUAGUUCUGGUUUGAUUAUGUCCUCAUAGCAUAAUGUUGUUAGUCAUUUUCAGUAUUGUGAACCUGACAUUGCUUAUCUAUGAUUUUUAAAUAAGAAAUAGAAUUUCUUUUAAAAAGAAUAUGUCAUGUUCAUUACUUAUUAUAUUAUCGAAAAUUUCGGUUAAUUUUGUAAAAACAGAGAGAAAUAGGCCUUCUUUUUUUUUUAAUUCUGUGAUUGGUGUCCAUGGACAUAUACAUGUAUUAAAAACAUCAGGUCCACCACAACGACGGAAAUUUUUAUUUUGACUCUCAUGUCCGUAUUUUGUCGACACAAUCAGACGUGAACACAAAUUACAUGAUAAUUGAUAUACAUGUAAGUAAUUAAUAUAAGUAAAUGUACUUUUAAUGAAAACUAGAGUCAAAUGCAUAGAUAAGAAAACGCGAAGAAAGAAAUCUUAUUUUUUUUAAAACAAGAGAGCAGUAUUUACAUGUAUUGUGAUUAAUGUAAAUCAGUAUUUGAUUGUAGAUUUACUUUUAUUCUAUGUUGUUGUACUUGUCUUUAGUCAUAUUUUACAUUUGCUAAACAAGGAAUGCAUUUUUUCAAAGCCUUUUCGUCAUUUUGUAUUUUAAUAUAUGCUAAUAUUAGAUUAUUAGCAGGACUUCAUUCGUGUCCAUAUUUAUAAACAUUACUUUAUGUUCCUAGAGUAUUAUAUAAUUCAUGACCUGGAGAAAUAUAAUCACAUGACUGUGGUGAAUGGGGGUUUUAAUCUUUCAGAUUCCAAAUAUUUUUGAAUAAACUUUUUUUUGUUGGUAUGUAUAACACAUGUGCUAGUCACCUGUAUUGUAUACAUGUAGUUUUCUUCCUACUUUUUUUUCUUCACAUUUAUCAAUCAGUAUGUUUCUGUAUAAUAUUGAAGUUCUAAAUGAGAGCUUGAUUCUUUUUUGGUGAGAAUCCAUUAACUGAAUCUAGAAACGGGAAGAAACUAGAGAAAUGGGUGUAAGAUAGAUGUAUGUGUUAAAGAGCACUUGAAAAUGACUUCAUAUUUCAUAUCUUCCUUCCUCAUACGUCAUAAUUACAGUUACGACCCACUCAUUUGAUACUAAGUGCUGUUAAUUUUUUUUUUUUUUUUUUUCAUUUUGUUUCUUUUUUUAUGUGGUUAUUUGUGUUUGUGUGCUUUGCUUUUUUUCCUACAUGUAUUUUAAAGUAUUUGUUGCCGUUUGCUGUUUGAAUGAGCAUAAUUUUACGCAUUUUAUCACUUGUGCUAUACAUUAGAUUAUUGGUCAAUCUUGGUCAAUCUUUCAUGUCAAGUGCUGUACGUCCUAGAAUUUAUAUGUUAAAGUUUUUCGUCGUUUGAACUGAUGAAUAUUUCUAAUGAGAAAUAAGUUAUAAUUAAGUAUUAAAGUCAUAUAUGGCGUAUUUUUGAUAAGUUCAGACUAACUAAAAUUAAAAAGAUCUUUCUAUUUGUUUUAUUACUUUAUAUAAAGAUAGGACUUUCUUGUGAAUUACACCUGGUAAUUCCUAUUUACGAAGCACAUUUUCACAGACCAAGUGUUCAGAUUUAUGAAAAUUUUAUCUUAAGUGACGGAGCUGCAAUGCUUUUUCUAUAUACCGGUGUGUUUAAAUUAUGUAAUUGUGGAAUACAGAUCUAAACGUCUCUGUGUGGUUAUAACGCCCAAAAGUGAUUUAAGUGUAUAGACAAAAAGUUGUUUGAUUUUGAUUUUAACUUUAUUUUCUUUUAUUUCAUGCAGUUUAAACACUUUUAAGUCUACUACUCUUUUUUAUAUUAUCUUCCUGCUUUCACUUUCUUUUUAUGCAUAUGGAAUAUUUAUCUUAAAGAUAUUAAAAAGAAUAGAAUAUAUGUUCAAUUUAAUAUGUGAAUUUAUGUGUUAUUUCACGGAGAGAUUGCUUAAAAAGACUUAAAAAGAAAAAAAUAUUUUACUUAGAACUACUUUUAGAAUUCAUCUUUCUGUCAUCAUGAACAAAUGGGAUGUCAUGGUAUCAUAUAUAUAUUAUUGUGCAUAUUAUUGUUUCAAGAACGUACAUAAUAUACAAUUGUAUAUAGUUUUACAAAUGUAUGAUUUUGUGGGAAAUUUUUCUUAUGUAUUCACAAUGUUUUGUUGAAAUAUAAUAACACGCCAGGAUUAAUACAUGUAGUUGAGAAAAGAAUAAUGAUAGAUGUGAUCAAGGAUGUAUAUUAUGCAUAUACGAUGCAGUAUUUUUUUUUCAAAAUCUGAACUAUACGUGUACAAAUAGACCGUUACAGUAGUUCUUUUGUUGUCGACUGCAACUAAACAAUGCAACGUUUGUUCCGUUUGUUUUUCGUUUUGAUUACGAGUUUGACUUAAUAAACUUUCACUGUUAUGAGA